AUGCCGCCUCCAGCGAGUCAGCAUGCUUCAGAAAUUGAGGUGACUUCAAGCCCAGAGGCCGGUUCACGAGGCUUUGUUGCGGUCAACCACGACGCCAGCAAUGAAAGCGAUGCCUCACUAGACAGCCGACCUUCGUCUCCACAGGACCACCCUAUGCGGGAUGACCCUGUGCCUAGAAAUUCAACCAGCACGUAUCUGGCCCCGCAUACACAAGAACGUGCGGGUCAUAGGCGAAAGCGUUCGGACUCUGGCGGCGACGACAGUCACCUCGAGCGGCGGCGCUAUGACUACAGCCCUCAGGAGGAUCCCGAACCACAACAUAUGGCCAACCGAGCACUGCGCGUCCUUGGAAAUGCCGAUCACAUCACCACCGCUGCGUACUAUCAUAAUGACACCAACCAAAACGGCCAUACGUGGCACGCUGAGAAGCCUGCACAGCCAGCCACUGCCGUCAAUAGUCACCGGCAUAGCUCCUCUGAAUCGCAGGAAGGAGAAAUAAUGCAUGAAGAGGAAAAUGCAUCAGAGGCCCAGCCACCGACAUGGGGAUCGAACGGCCAGCUCAAUCACGACCAGCAUGGUCAACCCGAGACAGCAACGGGCACGCCAACGGUCGCGCCAAAAAGAAAGCGCAAUUUCUCCAACCGGACGAAGACAGGUUGUUUGACAUGUCGCCAACGAAAGAAGAAGUGCGACGAAGCGCAGCCAUGGUGUAACAAUUGUGUUCGAGGGGGGUUCAGCUGCAAAGGCUACAAUGUGAACAGGCGUGCAAUUCCGUCCAAGCCCACACCCAGGGGCCCGGUUCCGUUGCAGUCUAGAGACGGUCUUGGUGACGUGUCUGAGGCCUCACCUUAUCAGGGACCUCACAUGGAAACCCCCGGUCCAAACAACCCUCUCAGACGCCAGGACAGUCUUCAAUCGCGACCAAUUCCCGUUGGCGGUAGCGAAGGACAGCGACCCCCACCGUAUGAGAUGAGCCCACAACACAGUGAACCACAAGGCCGACCACUUCGUCCUAGCCAGCACACACCUUGGCCGCCAGGACAGGGUCCCGGUUCUUAUACCUCAGAGCAUCUCCCUCCAUUGUCAGAUCUGAACAGAUCAGAACAAUAUCCAGGAUCGCAUUCCGGACCGCAUCCAGGCGCACAUCAAGGCGCACACCCAGGACAGCAUCCAGGUGCAAAUCCCCGAGAAAUGUCGCGUGUGCCGCCCCAAGGUACCGCAUACCCUCCACCUAACCCGCCGCCUCCUCAACCCAAUCAACCUCCGCUAGGCCCACAUCCACAACAGCAAUAUCCUCCGCAACAUGGAGUGCCUCAGUCUCUAGGCCCCAGCUUAUCUCAUCAAUCAACACCGGGGCCUCCUCAGCAGCAACUUCAGUGGCACCAUACACAGGCACCUCAACAGCCGUCAUAUGGACAUGCAUAUGGCCCUCCUCCACCUGGCGCUCCCCCGCCCAGUCAUCCUACCAUGCCUACUCAUUCCAGAAUGCCAUCUACUAGCUCAAAUUUCAAGAUCUCCGGUCAAGAAGACGUGGAAAAGUCCAAGAUGUUGAGAUUGGUUAACUACAGCCACAUGGAUCCAACAUUGUUCUAUGAGCGCCAACGGUGCGAUCGAGCCCUCGAACGCUACAAAACAGCUUGUCAGCUAGACAGCGGCCUCGGCGAGCACGAUAUCCGCAACCUCUUGAUGAAGGUGAUAGAUCCGAGUCUAGACACGACGCACAGAUUUCCUUCGCAGAACCAUAGCAAAGGCUAUCUUGGUAUCGGAGUAAGGGUCGAACCGCCGUUCAGUUGCACCUACGGUUAUAACCUCAAGAUUCACGACGAUACCUUCAUUGGUAAGGACUGUUACUUUGAUGAUGCUGGGUGUAUCGAGAUUGGGCCUCGCACGAUCAUCGGGCCCGGCGUCACCAUCUUGACGAGUGACCACAAUAAGGAUCUUGUCAAUCGCAAGGGCACCAAGGGCCUCUGGAUUGCGAACACUGUGCUUAUUGCUUCCGGCGUCAUCAUCGGCGCAAAGGCCAUCAUCUACCCAGGCGUCAAGAUUGAUGAAGGUGCCACCGUUGAACCGGGUGUAGUGGUGCGUGAGUCAUUGGGGCUGAAUCAGAUACUAAAAGCGCCGCCGUCUCAAAUCAUGGAUCCCCUUCCUAGAUGA